AUGUCUUCGCCUACACAUUCCAACGAUGCUCAAGACAUAAGUUUUACAUCACUUACCGAUGGAUCACCCGUAAAUUGCGUGACAACUAGAAGAACUCGUGUUGACACGGAAGGUGGUCUUAAUCCAUUGUUAAAGGAACUACGUGAGUUCAAGGAGUCAAUGGUUAACAAAAUGGACAAAUGGUUCGCCAGACAGGAAAAUAUGAUAUCCAAGGUUGUAAAGGAAUUCAACGAAGUUAAGCAAACAAUGAAUCAAAUGUCAAAUUAUUUUGACGAACUAAACAACAAGACCACGGCAUGUCUCAACCGUCUAGCUGAAACAGAAAAGAAGGUAAAAAGUCUAGAAGAACACACUAAAACAAUAACUCAAUUGGAAGCGAAAAUUGAAUCAAUGGAGCAACAUUCACGUCAGUGCAAUGUAGAAAUUCAGAACGUACCUGAGAGACGUAACGAAAAUCUAAUAAAAAUAGUUGAACACAUCGGAACGUCUAUUAAGCAAAGCAUAAGUCCGAAUGAUAUAGUAUCUGUACACCGAGUGCCUCAUGCUGAUACAAAGAGCACACAUCCUAAAAGUAUUGUCGUAAAAUUAUGUUCCCGGAUUCUGCGUGACAAUAUACUGUCUGCUGCUCGAAUGAAGAAAGGUUUAUACACAGAUGACUUGCAUAUUAAUGGUGAAAAUCGCAGAGUUUACGUAAAUGAACAUCUUACAUUACGAAACAAACAACUUUUUAGAAGUGCUCGUGAAACUGCUAAAAGGUGUAAUUUUCGCUUUACUUGGAUUAAGCAUGGUAACAUUCUUGUGCGCGAGUGCGAAACAUCCCGAGUUAUUGCUAUCCGUUCGUAUGAAGACUUGUCUAAAAUUAAAUCUUCUAAGUCCUCCUAG